CCGGAGACCAAAAUCGUAAAUCAAUUGAAGGUCAUCAUGAUAAAUCAAUUGAAGGACAAAUAUGAAAGGUCCUCAUUCUCGUUCAUAAACGAUCGCCGCCGAGAAAUUCAACCAAAAAAUGGCAGAAUCUGCGGGAAACAGAUGUGCGGUUGUAACAGGGGCAAACAAAGGGAUAGGAUUUGAAAUUUGCAAGCAAUUGGCAUCAAAUGGAGUGAAAGUUGUGUUGACUUCUAGAGAUGAAAAAAGAGGGAUCGAUGCUCUUGACAAAUUCAAAGGAACUCAUCUUUCUGAUCUUGUUAUAUUUCAUCAGCUUGAUGUUACAGAUCCUGCAAGUGUAGCUUCCUUGGCUCAAUUUGUGAAAAAACAAUUCGGAAAGCUUGAUAUAUUGGUGAACAAUUCUGGGAUUGGUGGAGUUAUGAGAAAUGAAGAAGCUUUUAAAGCUUCAAGAGCCGAGGCAACAGGAAGUCAAAUCGAUUGGAAUAAGAUACUGAUUCAGUCCAAUGAGUUGGCUGUAGAAUGUCUGGAAACAAACUACUAUGGAGCAAAAAGAAUGGUUGAACAUUUCAUUCCACUUUUAGAAUUAUCAGAUUCACCAAGGAUUGUAAAUGUCUCCUCCUCCAUGGGAAAGUUAAAGGAUUUGAAGAAUGAAUGGGCUAAAGGGAUACUGAGUGAUGUUGAGAACUUAACAGAAGAGAAAAUAGAUGAAGUGCUUAAUCAGUAUCUGAAUGAUUUCAAAGAGGGGUUGUUGGAAAGCAAAGGGUGGCCCACUACAUUGUCAGCAUAUAUGAUUUCAAAAAUAGCCAUGAAUGGUUACACGAGAAUAUUGGGGAAAAAACACACAAGUUUUUGCAUCAAUUGUGUGUGUCCAGGAUAUGUUAAGACAGAUAUUAACUAUAAUAAUGGCAUAUUAAGUACUGAAGAAGGUGCUAAAACCCCAGUUAAGGUUGCAUUGUUUCCGGAUGGUGGUCCUACCGGAUGUUUCUUUGAUAGAAAUGGUGUCACAUCCUUCUAAUGAAGAUAUACAUAAGAGUAAAUUACAGUUUUGGUCCCUGUGUCUAGCGACUUUUUGCAAUUUUAGUCCCAAAUGGUUUUCACUUGCAAUUUUGGUUCGUGCUCCAAGUGUUUGUAAUGUUGUUGUUGUUGGU